UAUCACAAACUUUAAUGUUGAACUGUUUAGUCUCCUUUUGAAGUGAUAUUUUUCUUUUGUAGCUAUUUCAUUUUGUGAGAGUCUAAAUGAGAUAUUUAUAGCCCUUAGUAGUUAAAUUAGAAUGGCUACUUUUACUAAACUAACGGUAUUUCCCUUGGUAGCCAAUCUUAUGGAAAUAACGAGCCUGAACUCUGAAGUUGUAUGUCUAAAGUCGUCCAAAUUUAAUAUUUGCUCUUCUGCAGAGGAUUCCUUUGUUGUGAAUCGUCAAAAUUAAGCAGGCAAGUCCCAGUCGGAGCUUGAAUUAAGUUGAGUUUGACCGCGGAGCCCCCUCCCACGCGGUGGAGCAACUGUAAACGGCCUGUCCGUAAAGUUGGAAGGGGGUUGGACGAGGCAGCCGGUUGCUCUUUGUGUAUUGAUCAGCUUCGCCGUCCGCCGGUAGCGAGUUUGGGCCGCCUCCGACCGUCUUCACCUCCGCCUCCGCCGCUUCGCCGCCUUUCGACUCUCGUCCGGCCGCCGCUUCGCUCGUCCCGGCUCCGAUGGCGACUCGGGCCCGCUAGCGUUGAAAUCACUCCAUAAACGCCCACGUAAACAAAAAAAGGGGGAAGAUGGAUAAGAUGACUGAGGCCCAGAAAGUUGCCUACUUAGAGGCACAUGCUGUUAUGCAACAGCAGAUGGCUCAACAUGCAGCCACACUGCAACAACAGCAGCAACAACUUCAACAGAACCAACAGAAGAAAAUGGAAUACGUUCCAACUCUCAAAGUACCUCAAGUUCCACAGCCUCAGACAACAAAUCAACAGACUACCACUGAACAACAACAUACUUUUACUAUGGUAGCUGAUGAGGGGCUUGGCUUUGACGAUGGAGUUAGAGUGCUCAGAUCAAUAGGAACAUGGGCACCAGAGUAUACAAGCCAAGUCGCUUUUCCAAGCAAUCAACAAUUCACGACUGAUAACAGCGAAACAGCAGAAAAGACCGCACAGGCUGUAGGCACUCAAACGACCCAACCAUCUGUCCAAUCUGUUGUAAAACAGAAGCAUAGGGUGGAGAACAACAACAAAAGUUUCACAUGUACAGAAUGUGGAAAAGGGCUUGCGAGGAAAGACAAAUUGGUGAUUCAUAUGAGAAUUCAUACGGGUGAAAAACCCUAUGUAUGUGAAGUGUGUAAAAAAGCGUUUGCAAGGCGUGACAAACUUGUAAUUCAUGUCAACAAGUUGAAACACAUAACACCGUCCAAUUUGGCACCACUUGCUAAAAGAAACCACCCUCUGGAAGUUAAUAAAACACCAACUUUGGUGACACCCACGCCACCUUCGGUUCAACAGCAGGAUAAGAAGGAAAAAGAUGAAGGUUCAUCAUCACCCAACGGUCUUCCUCAGCUUUUGGUUGAUUUUGGUGUUGGGGGCACUUGGUCGUGCGAGUUGUGCGGUAGAGUGCUCUCAGGACGCGAGGAGUGGUCUGUGCACGCGCGCGCACAUUUGGAAGCCCAGGCAGCACCACCACCCUACCAACCACCCGCCUACCCAGCCCCAGAUCGCCACUAUUGCCUCAUGUGCCGUCAAGAUUUUGCCGACAGGACGGAGUUUAUGUUCCACCUCAGGGCUCAUUUCAACAAACCUCAGGAAGUUGUCGACUCGACCGGUCUCUGUACGUAGGUAGCACAAGGGAUGAAAUCCGAUGACGUUGAAGACGGGGUGUGUGACAAUAAAAAAAAGAGUAAAACUUAUGAAGUUUAAUGUUAUUCAGGUACAAAAUGUGCCUUUGAUCAAUAACAAAUUUCUUACAAAAAAUAUAAUUGACUAAAAAUUAUAGACAAUCAUUUUUCAAUGAUUCUAGUCAAAGGAAAAAAAGACUUACCCUGGCUAAAUACAUUUUCAUUUUCUGGUUCUUUAACUUAGAAUUCACAUGCUUUUAUAUCUCUUUAAACAUUCUACUCCGUUGAAGCUGUCUACAGCAUAAAUCCUGUUAAAAGUUUUCACCGCAUAUUUAUUACAAUCUGUCCAUUAUUUAAAAAAAAAAAAAAAAAAUUGUACUACAUAAAAAACUUUACUAAAACUUGAAAUAAGCCAACUUCAAUAAUUUCAAAUUUAAUUUAUUAUUGUAAAAGUAUUAUUAGUUGUGAUGUAGUACUUUCAGUUCAUCAUAAUCAGUAGAGUAGAUCAGAUAAAGCAAUUGUAUAUUAAAGCAGAUAAAACACAAAAAUACAUUUAAGAAAUAAGUUUGAGAAACUUUAUGUACUUGACGUAUUCAAUUUUAUUUAAUUACAACUUUUCAUUCUUAAAUUUUAACAAUUUUCAGUGCUAAUGACACUAAGUGGUGAAUGAUAAGAAAAAUAUUCUUCACAAGACAUAACACAAACAACAAAACAUGGGAUGCAAAGUGUAUACAUUACAAUAUACAUUCCAUUUAAAACUAAGUUUUAAAAUAAACGAAAAUGUUAAGAGAGAUUUUCAAAAUUUAAAUCUACUGAAAUGUAUGCCAAACCAUUUAUAAAUAAUCCAACCACAAAAAAAUAUUAGUACAAUCUCUCUGCAAAUAGUAGUAUAUGAAUAGAUUCUUUAAAUAUAUAUUGAAGUGCCUCUUUUGUUUUUUUCUAAAAUUAUUCCAUUCAGUGGAUGGAAACACCCCUCAUUUUUGUGUGAUGCUUGUGGUUUACAAACCAAUGGCUUAUGUAAAUAUUGUAAAAAAAAACAUUUUUUUGUCGACUUGCAAUGGUAGAAGAUAUAUUUUUGUUUAAAUUUCUCUCCUCUAAAAACGGUUGAGUUAAGAGGCAACUCAACUACCAAAGUUCAAAAAUUCAACUAUUAUAAAUCAUCUGUUUGCGUGGUUUUAAGAGUUUUUAGGAACAAUUUAUGAUAUUUAUGGUUAUGGACUAAAUAAUAAAUGUAUGUUAUUUAUUAACAGUUGUGAUUUGAUUUACAGUUUGUUUUGUGUGUUUAUCUUUUAGUCGUGUGUUGUAGUAUAUUAUAUAGGGUAGAUUUUAAAUCAAAGUCACCAUUGCCCCAUGACAUCACAAUUAUAUAAUGAAGUUGUAAAUUUGAAUAAGAUUUUGUUACAACUUGUUUUAUCUUUUCACAAUUAUGAAUUCUGAUAUAUUAUGUAUAAGCAGUUGAAAGAUUAUGAAAAAUGUACACAUGUUGCUAAUAUAUACAUAUAUGGUUAUGUUACGGUUUGAAAAAUCUGCCGUAUUUACAAUAUAGACCCUAUAUGUCUUGUUCAAUUUUUAUAUUUUAUAGAAUGCUUGCUUUGACUGACAGAAAGUUCCUUAUUUUGAUAUUAUAAUGUUUAUGUAAUAUUUUAUCAUAUAUGAAUUGGUUCGUAUUUAUACUGUUCCAUCAGAGUCCUUCACCUAUUCAGUAAUUUAUAUUGAUCUCAAGUAGUAACAUAAUUUUAGAUGUACUCUUAAAAACUCUUUACACCUCACAAGCAUCGACUUCCAAAUUCGAGUCUUCGCUUAGACUGAUACUUAAAUUUCAUUUGUUAUUAUUAAUUAGUGAAUGUUGUAGUUGACUGUAUGAAAUAGUACAAAAAUUGAGAUUUAGGUCUUCCGUGCUACGCCAGUCACACACCUCGUCUUAAAAUGAAUUCGGUUAUCUUUACAUAUUAAGGUAAAACCUCGUGUGGGGUUUUACAGAUUAUACAUUUUAUAACCCAAUAUAUGACUGAAAAUUGUGUGUAUCUAUUUUGUUUUAGUGUGUAAAUUUAGUCCAUUUUUUAUGAUUAUAAACAAUUUGUAUAUGUUAUUAC